AAUCCAACAGCUGCGCAGUUCAUGGCUGCAUACAAGAGUCUGUUGGUUCAGACGGAAGUUACGUCUUCCAGUUCUGGAAACUCCUCCCAAGACAUUGUCUCCAUAUUGAAUGCAACCGCUAGUGCAGCCAUGGUAGAUGCAAGAAGCACGCUCACUGACAUGCUCAGGGCAUCAGUUCUACAGCCCGAUGACCACAACUACACAUAUCGUAUUGACUGGCCCGAAAGCCUCUCUGCUUUUGUCGGUUCUGUGGUGCCAUACAUUGCAGGCUUCAUUGUUCUGAAGGUUUGUGUAACAACUACCUGUGAACAGUGCAUCGCAGCCAUGGACUCAGAUGAGCUGGCGCCUUUAAUUAAACGGAAGAACCGAGGUGGACUUAUUUCCCCAUCGCAGGACGUCAUUGGCGUCUGUGAAGAAGUUGAAAAGGGACUGCGGCGGCUACAGGCUGAAUGUGAUGCCAUCUUAAUCGUGAAGUCAAGAGCAAAACAGCUUAUCUUGGAAGUUCUGGGAGCUACUGCUGAGAAAAAGUGGUUCCAUAAACUGGAGCAGCACCUCCUCGACUUUGAUCCACUUGAUAAUCACACGUACAAUUUGGGCAAGCAAAUCGUUGAAGAAUAUGUAAAAGUUAAAAUACACCACAUGACGCAGGAACGAAACCGUGAACUGAUCAAGAAUAAGGUGCAACCACUUCUCUCAAGGGCGAUCAUCUUCCAUCACCACUAGGACACCUGUCAUUUUUUUUUUACCGUGCAUCUGAUUUAAGCGUCGCUACUUAAUGCCUGUGCUGCUGAAUUUACUUCUAUACAUGCCACUUGGCUGCUUACAAGUCGCAAUAAACAUUUGUAACCACAACUACUUGUUUUCAUUGCUUUAUAAACACGAGUAACUUCAUCCGCAGCGCGAAGACGCACGAGUGCGGCAGCGUACGGCUCCCUUUUUCCACUGGCAAGAUGGCCGCCGCGAGCUCGGCUCGGCUUCAAUCUCUCCCAUAGGGGCGCAUAGGCGGCUUCCACUCCAGCAAGUUUUAUGUAUCCUCC